AUGCCUACCUACAACAUCGUCGUCUUUGCUGGGGACUAUGCAGGUCCGGAGGUGACCAAGGAGGCUGUAAAGAUCCUCAAGGUGGUAGAGAAGUGCUCGAAGGAUGUCAAGUUCAACUUCCAAGACCACCUGCUGGGAGGGUGCUCGAUUGACGCCCACGGCACCCCGUUGACGGACGAGGCCCUCAGUGCUGCCAAAUCCGCCCACGCCGUUCUCCUCGGUGCCAUCGGCGGUCCCAAAUACGGCGUGGGCAAGGUGCGGCCAGAGCAAGGUCUCCUCAAACUGCGCAAGGAGAUGGGCACCUUUGGCAACCUCCGACCCUGUUUCUUCGCCUCUCCCAGCCUCGCGUCGCGGUCCCCGCUCAAAGAAGAGGUCUGCCAGGGCACCGACUUCAUGAUCGUCCGCGAGCUGACCGGCGGCAUCUACUUCGGCGAGCGCAUCGAGGGCAAACCCGAGGACGGCGAGGACGAAUGGGCCGAGGACCGCGAACCGUACUCGAGGAAAGAGAUCGAGCGCAUCACCCGUCUAGCUGCCCACCUCGCCCUGGCCAAGAACCCGCCGUCCAAGGUCUGGAGUCUCGACAAGGCCAACGUGCUCGCGACGUCCCGUCUCUGGCGCCGAGUAGUCACCGAGACCAUGCAGAAGGAAUUCCCCCAGCUCCAAUUCGAACACCAUCUAAUCGACUCCGCCGCCAUGAUCAUGGUGAAGAACCCCCGGGCUCUGAACGGUGUGAUCGUCACGUCCAACUUGUUCGGCGACAUCAUCUCCGACGAGGCCUCGGUCAUCCCGGGCAGUCUAGGUCUGCUCCCCAGCGCCAGUCUCAGCGGCAUUCCGGACGGGAAAGGGCUGUGCAACGGCAUCUACGAACCGAUCCACGGCUCUGCGCCGGACAUCGCAGGAAAGGGAGUCAUUAACCCGGUCGCGGCCAUCCUGAGCGUCGCCAUGAUGCUGUUGUACAGUUUGAACAUGGCCCGAGAGAGCCUGCUCGUGGAGCAGGCCGUGAAGGUCGUCAUCGAGAAGGGCAUCGUUACCAAAGACGUUGGGGGCGAAAACUCGACCGUCGAGGUCGGCGAUGCGGUGGCCAGGGAGCUGGAGAGUUUGUUCAAUGACCAGUAA